UAUAGCUAAUUCAUAGUUGCUUUUAGCUUGGAAGAAUUGUAAAAGCUUCCAUGGGUAAGGAGGACUGUUGCUCAACGCAACUCAUAGAUGUUAAUGGAGAAUUCAACUUCAAAGGUCUCGAGAAUUUCGUUAGCUCAGUCAAACUUCACCGCUGUGGUCUCUCUUAUGCUGUUGUUGCUAUUAUGGGACCGCAGAGUAGUGGGAAAAGUACCUUGUUAAACCAUUUAUUCUAUACCAAUUUUAGGGAGAUGGAUGCUUUUAGAGGAAGGAAUCAAACAACCAAGGGAAUUUGGAUUGCAAAUGCUGUCGGCAUUGAGCCAUUGACCAUUGUCAUGGAUUUGGAGGGUACUGAUGGAAGAGAGAGGGGUGAGGACGAUACAACAUUUGAGAAACAAAGUGCCUUGUUUGCUUUGGCUGUUGCAGAUGUUGUGCUAAUAAACAUGUGGUGCCAUGAUAUUGGUAGGGAGCAGGCUGCCAAUAAACCUCUUCUCAAAACAGUAUUUCAGGUCAUGAUGCGUUUGUUUAGUCCCCGCAAAACUACCCUUCUUUUUGUUAUACGUGAUAAAACAAAGACUCCACUAGAAUAUCUGGAGCCUAUUCUGAGGGAGGAUAUCCAGAAGAUAUGGGAUGCAGUUCGAAAGCCACAAGCACACAAGGACACCCAACUCUGUGAAUUUUUCAAUGUAGAAGUCACUGCUCUACCCAGUUAUGAGGAGAAGGAAGAGCAGUUUAAAGAUCAGGUUGCUCAACUUAGGCAGCUUUUUUUCCACUCCAUCUCUCCAGGAGGCUUGGCUGGCGAUAGGCGGGGUGUUGUUCCAGCCUCUGGUUUUUCUUACAGUGUACAGCAAAUAUGGAAAGUCAUCAAAGAAAACAAGGAUCUCGACUUGCCUGCUCACAAGGUCAUGGUGGCCACUGUGCGUUGUGAAGAAAUUGCAAAUGAGAAGUUCAGUAGUUUGAUGAUAAAUGAGGACUGGCUAGCUCUUGAGCAUGCAGUGCAAGAGGAUGCAGUUCGAAAUUUUGGAAGACGACUAAGCUCCAUCUUAGAUAACUUUCUGUCAGAAUAUGAUGCGGAAUCUGUCUUUUUCGAAGAAAACGUGAGAAGUUCAAAACGUCAACAAUUUAUAUCGAAAGCUUUGCAGUUGGUCCAUCCGGCUUUUAUUUCACAGUUGGGGCAUCUACGUGUUAAAUCACUUCAAACAUUUAAGACUCAGGUGGAACAAUUAUUACGUAGAGGAGAAGCAUUUGCGGCAUCUGUUCGUACAUGCUCUGUGUCUUGUAUCACUGAAUUUGAUAAGGGAUGUUCAGAUGCUGCCAUAAGACAUGCUAAUUGGGAUGCUUCAAAAGUUCGUGACAAACUCUGUCGUGAUAUUGAGUCCCAUGUGUCCUCUGUUCGUAAUGAUAAGUUAUCAGAACUGAAGGCCACUUAUGAGAAACAAAUCACAGCUGCACUUGCUGAACCUGUAGAAUCCCUUUUUGAGGUUGGUGGGAGUGAAACAUGGGCCUCAAUAAGAAAGCUUCUAAAACACGAGACUGAUGUGGCAAUAUCAUGCUUCUCCCCAGCUCUUUCCGGCUUUGAAUUGGACCAGGAUGCAUUUGACAGAAAGAUGCAAAAUCUGAAGGACUACGCUAGAAGUGUUGUGGAGAAGAAAGCAAGAGAAGAAGCUGGAAAAGUUUUGAUGCGAAUGAAGGAUAGGUUUAAUACUGUGUUCAGCCAUGAUAGCGAUUCAAUCCCAAGGCUUUGGACAGGGAAGGAGGACAUUAAAUCAAUAACAUUGGAGGCCCGCUCUGAGUCUCUGAAGCUUUUGUCCAUAGUGGCUGCCAUACGGUUGGAUGAAAAAUCAGACAGAAUAGAAAGCAUACUUUUCUCUAGACUUUUGGAAGGGAAGAUUUCAAUUUCUUCUCGGAAUAGUGAUAUUGCAGAUUCUUGUGACCCCCUAGCCUCAAGCUCGUGGGAAGAGGUUUCACCAGAGAACACAUUGCUCACACCAGUGCAGUGUUUAUCUUUGUGGAGACAAUUCAUUGCAGAAACAGAGUAUACGGUUAGUCAAGCUAUUUCAGCACAGGAAGCACACAGGCGAAGCAAUAAUUGGUUACCUCCUGCCUGGGCUAUAGUCGCUAUGAUUAUACUUGGUUUCAACGAAUUCAUGCUUCUUUUAAGAAAUCCGCUCUACCUCUUCAUUCUUUUUGUUGUAUAUUUAUUUGGGAAAGCUCUGUGGAUACAGAUGGACAUUCCUGGGGAGUUCCGGAAUGGCACUUUUACUGGACUUAUUUCUAUGUCAUCAAGGUUCCUCCCAACUGUUAUGGACCUUCUUCGACGGCUAGCUGCUGAAGCUCAGGGAAAUCCUGCUCCUGAAACUUCCAGGACUUCCCAACAUGUUGCUUCUCAGAGCUUUAGGAGUCAAGUAAGUAGUCCUAACCCCGUUUCGAGUUCAGUUCCCAGUUCAUCUGUCUCAUCCAACAUCUCAACUGAAAAUGACUCUGAAUACACGAGCCCUCAGCUGACACACAGAAGAGUUACUCAAGUGGAACAAGAAUAAUCUUCUCGAUAAAGCAGAAUAGUGUUAAUACCGUCUCCGCUAGAACAGAAGCUGCUCUUGUAAAUGAUGUUGUUUCUUUCUUAACCCUCAUAAUCCUAGGAAGCUGUAGUGCUUAAAUUAUAGCUUUUGAAGUUUGUUGUCUUGUUCAAAUUUGUGUAAUUGACAAA